AUGAACGGCGCCAGCGAUCCGGAGAGAGAGCAGGCGCUCGAGGAUUACAAGAGGAGCCUGCUCGAGCUCCGAGAAUGGGAAGCCAAGCUCAAGUCUCUUCGCAUGGGGAUCAAGGAUUUGCAACGAGAGUUCGAUAUCUCUGAAGAGAACAUCAAGGCGCUGCAAAGCGUCGGCCAGAUCAUCGGAGAAGUGUUGAAGCAGCUGGAUGAGGAGAGAUUCAUUGUCAAGGCAUCAUCCGGACCGCGUUAUGUCGUCGGUUGCCGCUCGAAGGUCGAUAAGGCAAAGCUAAAGCAGGGCACCCGUGUCGCCCUCGAUAUGACCACACUUACUAUAAUGAGAAUGCUCCCGAGAGAGGUUGAUCCGUUGGUAUACAACAUGUCACUGGAGGACCCAGGCCAGAUCAACUUUGCAGGCAUUGGUGGUCUGAACGAACAGAUCCGCGAGCUCCGAGAAGUUAUCGAGUUGCCGCUCAAGAACCCCGAGCUUUUCCAAAGAGUAGGAAUCAAGCCGCCCAAGGGUGUGCUCCUCUACGGUCCUCCGGGUACCGGAAAGACGUUGUUGGCACGAGCAGUGGCAAGCUCAAUGGAGACCAACUUCCUGAAAGUUGUCUCGUCCGCUAUUGUCGACAAAUACAUCGGUGAAUCUGCGCGGUUAAUAAGAGAGAUGUUCGGAUACGCCAAAGAACACGAGCCUUGCAUCAUCUUCAUGGACGAAAUCGACGCUAUCGGUGGAAGACGUUUCUCAGAGGGUACUUCGGCUGAUCGGGAAAUCCAGCGUACAUUGAUGGAGCUUCUCAACCAGCUGGAUGGUUUUGAUUACCUUGGAAAGACGAAGAUCAUCAUGGCCACGAAUCGGCCUGAUACGCUUGACCCGGCUCUGCUGCGAGCGGGUCGUCUCGACCGCAAGAUCGAGAUUCCCCUGCCCAACGAAGUCGGUCGCUUGGAGAUCUUGAAGAUCCACUCCAGCACCGUUCAACUGGAUGGCGAGAUUGACUUCGAGAGUGUGGUGAAGAUGAGUGACGGACUCAACGGUGCUGAUCUUCGCAACGUCGUUACGGAAGCUGGUCUAUUUGCUAUCAAGGAUUACCGGGACGCGAUCAACCAGGAUGACUUCAACAGAGCGGUCCGCAAGGUGGCUGAGGCGAAGAAGCUGGAGGGCAAGCUGGAAUACCAGAAGUUGUAG